AUGGCUGAGGAUUCUGAUCCUCUCGUUGCUCUCUUUCUCUGUAAUAGCUCCAAUCAUGCUGGCAAGCGGGAGUUUAUUGAGAAACAUAGGACAGAUAAUUUAAGAUUUAAUGCAGUUGAACAGGAAAGUGCCGAGGAAUUAAAAGGUCCAAAGCUUGUUUUCAAAGAGAAGGAUUUUAGCUCUGUAGUUAGUCACAGUUCUGAUGAGAAUCGUGGCUUGUACCAAUCUGGGAAUGCUCCAAAUGCCUCGAAAUUGUUAGAAACAAGAAAAGGAAAAGGCGAGCAUCAAAUUCAGCAGAAUAUCAAACUAGUGAACUCCAGGAAAAAGGAGCAACCCAAUCAAGAAAGAGGCAAACGUGAUCAGCAUUUGCACAAUCAAGAAAGAGGCAGGCAUGACCAGCAUUUGCACAGUCAAGAAAGACGCAGACAUGAUCAGCAUUUGCAGUCUCAAUCACACGGGGUAGUGGAUGAGAAGAUAAAGCUGAUGAGAGAUCAGCUCAUUCGAGCAAAAGCUUAUUUAAGCUUUGCACCACCGAAUAGUAACUCUCACUUAAUUAAAGAGUUGAGAACGCGGAUCAAAGAGGUUGAACAAGCAAUCGGUGAUGCCUGCAAGGAUUUUGAUUUGCCAUGGAGUGCUUCACAGAAAAUGAAAGGAAUGGAGGCUUCAUUGUCCAAAGCAAGUCGUGCAUACCCUCACUGCUCUCAAAUGGCAACAAAACUUCGUGCCAUGGCUUAUAAUGCUGAAGAAAAGAUUCGGGCGCAGAAGAAUCAAGAGUCAUAUCUUGUCCAACUUGCUGGAAGGACUACCCCUAAAGGCCUUCACUGCCUCUCCAUGCGGUUGACAGCUGAAUAUUUUUUCCUUCAACCCAAGGAAAGGCAGUUCCCUAACCAAAAAAAGUUGAAUGAUCCAAACCUUUAUCACUAUGCUGUAUUCUCCAACAAUAUUUUGGCUUGUGCGGUGGUUGUUAACUCCACAAUUUCCUCUGCAAAGGAACCGGAGAAAAUUGUUUUUCAUGUAGUGACUGAUUCUCUCAACCUCCCUGCAAUUUCAAUGUGGUUUUUAUUAAAUCCUCCUGGGAAAGCUACAAUUCAUAUUCAGAGCAUAGAAAAUUUCGAAUGGUUACCAACCACUCAUAUUUCAACAUCAGAAGAAAAGAAGUUCAAUGAUCCAAGAUAUACUUCUGUCCUUAUCCAUCUUCGGUUCUAUCUGCCAGACAUCUUUCCAGCACUGAAUAAGAUUGUUCUCUUUGAUCACGAUGUGGUAGUGCAAAGAGACUUAACUGAAAUUUGGAGUGUUGACAUGAAGGGGAAGGUAAAUGCGGCUGUGGAGACUUGUCUGGAAAGUGAAGCUUCGUAUCGUGUGAUGCAUACGUAUGUGAACUUCUCAUACCCAAUUUUGGAGAAGAGGUUUGAUGCCAAUGCUUGCACAUGGGCAUUUGGUAUGAAUUUGUUUGAACUCCAAGAAUGGAGAAGAAAGAACUUAACCGGGCUCUAUCGUACUUAUGUGCAACUGGGACUUGAGAGGCCAUUGUGGAAAGCAGGAAGCUUGCCCUUAGGUUGGAUUACCUUCUACAACCAGACUGUAGCUUUAGAUAAGAGAUGGCACAUACUCGGGCUAGGUUAUAAUGCUGGUCUCAGUUCAAGUUAUAUCGAGCAUGCCGCAGUUUUACAUUAUGAUGGGGUCAUGAAACCUUGGUUGGAAAUCGGAAUCGCAAAAUACAAGGGCUACUGGAGCAAACAUUUGCAGUAUGACCAACCUUACAUGCAACAGUGCAAUAUCAAUGAGUAAUCAACGAUCACAAACAUAAAAGUGGGAUUCUUUGGUUCAUACCACAUUACUAGUUGCAGCAGAUACCGGGAACUGCUCUUAUUGAUCUCAUUCUUUCAACAAUCGUUCAUGUAAAUGUCAACUCAUUUUUUUGAUAAUCUUUUAGGGGUGGAGUCAAAAUUUACGACGAUAAGAUUCUUAAGUGGUUUUUUUUUUUUGGGGGGGGGGGGGUUGCUCUACUCGGAGAGCUAUACAUUU